GUCCAAGCUGAGGUGUCUUGCUGGUUAUGUUUCAGGCUUCAAGGAGUACCCCAUACAGACCAAGGGACUCAGGAGUAACUGAAAGUAGAAGCUAAACUGACCCCCAGAGAAUGUGGGCCACAUAUAAGAUCUUAAUCUUUUCUUAUCUGACUACAGAAAUUUGGACAGGGAGGCAUUAUUUAUCUCAAAGAGAAGUGGACCCAGGACCGCAUUUCACUGGAAAUCACAGCAUUUUCGAAGGUACUCGAUUAAAAAGGUCCAUUUUCCAAGGACAGUACUGCAGGCGCUUUGGUUGUUGUGAAGACAGAGAUGAUGGCUGUGUCACUCAGUUCCAUGAGGUCAAUGCAUUGUGUUACUGUGACAGAUUCUGUGAAAGGGAAAAUUCUGAUUGCUGUCCUGAUUACAAGUCAUUUUGCCAUGAAGAGAAAGAACGGCCUCCUCUCACACAGCCUUUGUAUCCAGAAGGUUGCUUCAGACAUGGUCACCAUUAUGAAGAAGGAUCAGUGGUUAAGGAAAACUGCAACUCCUGCACAUGCUCAGGACAGCAAUGGCAAUGUUCCCAGCACGCAUGCCUUGUUCAUAAAGAAGUGAUUGAUCACAUCAACGAAGGAGACUAUGGAUGGACAGCACAGAACUAUAGUCAGUUCUGGGGCAUGACUUUAGAAGAAGGGUUCAAAUUUCGCCUGGGCACCUUGCCACCUAGCCCCGUGCUCCUGAGCAUGAAUGAAAUGACAGCUUCUUUACCUCCAGAAAUGGAUCUUCCUGAGGUUUUUAUUGCUUCUUAUAAAUGGCCUGGAUGGACUCAUGGACCAUUGGAUCAAAAAAACUGUGCUGCAUCCUGGGCAUUUUCUACCGCAAGUGUAGCAGCUGACCGAAUAGCGAUUCAAUCCAAGGGUCAAUACACAGCCAAUCUCUCACCUCAGAAUUUGAUCUCCUGCUGUGCCAAGAAGGGCCAUGCAUGCAGCAGUGGAAGCAUUGAUAGGGCCUGGUGGUUCCUGAGAAAACGUGGACUGGUGUCUCAUGCAUGCUACCCACUCUUCAAGGAGCAAAAUAUCACCAAUAAUAUCUGUGCUAUGGCAAGUAGAUCCGAUGGGCGGGGAAAACGGCAUGCUACAAAGCCCUGUCCCAAUAGCAUCGAGAAAUCCAAUAGGAUCUACCAAUGUUCUCCUCCAUACAGAGUGUCUUCCAAUGAAACUGAAAUUAUGAGAGAAAUCAUGCAAAAUGGACCAGUUCAAGCUAUAAUGCAAGUCCAUGAAGAUUUCUUCUAUUAUAAGACAGGGAUAUACAGACAUGUUAUCAGCACAAAUGAAGAGUCAGGAAAGUAUCAAAAGCUCCGGACACAUGCAGUCAAACUCACUGGAUGGGGAACAUUGAGAGGUGCACAAGGGAGAACAGAAAAGUUCUGGAUUGCUGCCAAUUCCUGGGGGAAGUCAUGGGGAGAGAAUGGCUAUUUUAGGAUUCUUCGAGGAGUAAAUGAGUCUGACAUUGAAAAGUUGAUUAUUGCAGCUUGGGGACAACUAACAAGUUCAGAUGAUCCAUAAGUAUUAAAUUCCCAUAAUGCUCUGCAUCUAAGUAACUCCUUAAAUUGAACUUUAGCAAUAGGAGUUCCUAUGAGCCAGUGGAAACUGUGUUUUGCUGUGCAUAGCAUGUCCUUGCUCUCUUGCUUUCAUGAGGCUCUGAUCUUUUGCUGUCUUUAUAUUACCGUGUAUAUGAGAACACUAAUAAAUAAAGAGUGGCUAAAUG